GAGACAAUCCCGGGCAUGUUCCUCGCGGCCGCGGGCGGCAGCAGCGCCCGACAACCCGCUAUCACCCGUGCACGUUCAAACGCCUUCAAAUCUCCCCAGCGCUCGACGGCAGGUCAUUCUCGAUUCCCCUCGAUAGCAUCCCCCGAAUUCCACGGCCUCCCCUCCCCUCCCCUCCCCUCCCCUCCCCCGAAGUCAAUCAAGCUCCGGAUCGCCGCUGGCCUAUCCAUGGCGGGGGCGGAGGCGGUGGAGCGGGCGCACGAGCUCUACCGGGGCGGCCGCCACCGGGAGGCGCUGGAGCUCUACUCGGCGGCGCUGGCGGCCGCCCGGGGCCACGCGCAGCGCAUCGCCCUGCACAGCAACCGCGCCGCCUGCUACCUCAAGCUCCACGACUUCCACAAGGCCGCAGAAGAGUGCACAUCUGUCCUCGAGUUGGACACCGAGCAUGCUGGAGCUCUCAUGCUACGUGCCCAGACUCUUGUCACUCUAAAGGAUUACCAGUCCGCUCUAUUUGAUGUAAACCGGCUAAUUGAGAUAAAUCCAUCCUCUGAAGUAUAUCGGAACCUUCAUGCACGACUGAAGACACAGCUGUCACUAGCCCCGAUCCCAGAGUCUGAUGAGGAGUCCCUGUAUACUGAAGAAGACAAAGAAGAUCUGCCACCAAAAGACAAUACGAAGAAUGAGACUGCCCUUGUUAAGUCUGAUCAACCUUCUGCAAAACUGAUUCCUGAAAAUAAACCUGUAACAAAAGCUCUGAAGGUUGAAGUCCUUCCCAAUCUACAUUCAAAACCUGAGGGUACCAUACAAAAACCAAAGGGCCAUUCAGAGCUUGAUUACAAGGAACCUUUAACGGAAGCUCCGAAGGUUCAAGUGUCUCCCAGUCUGUACAAGGAACCUUUAACAGAAGCUCGGAAGGUUCAAGUGUCUCCCAGUUUGCCUUCAAAACCUGAGUGUUGGGGGACCAUCCAAAAACCAAAGGGCCAUUCAGGGCUUGAUUACUCGAAAUGGGACAAAGUUGAGAAUGAUUCGAGUGAAGAUGACGAUGAUGAUGAAGAAGAUGACUUGCCUCGAUAUAAAUUCAAAGUCAGAACCAUCGGUGUGCGUACCGUGAAGUGAAUGGGAUCAUCGAUAAAUAAGUUUACUCCAUGGUCUGUGUAUAGCUGUUUGACAGCAUCCCUGCUAACUGUGGUCUCAUCUGUUCGGUUGCAUCUUGAGAUACUUGGAUGAAGUGUUGCCGAUUGGUGGGUGAAGACAUGAGUACCCGCUGCUCUCGUCUCGUGCGCUGCAACUCAGGUUUUUGGACCUUAGCCAAGGAAACAAGUCUGGAAUGAAAUCAUGUUUUCAGCGCAACCGCGGCAACCGUGGGUUGGAGCACACAGCACAGCAUGUGUUAAUCAUGUAGGGAGCCCCUUUAGAUUCGAGCUAACAAUCUUAGACCAUUGUUCAUCUUCAUUGAUUCUAUAGCCUAGCAGUCUCUGUACAUAGAUUGCGCAUUCAUCAUAUGUAUAAAAAGCUUAUUUGUGUCCCGCCCCAA